GUUUCAAAACCCAUAUCGCUAAAUCCUCUCAUUUCAUGUUAUGCGCGACACAUUUCACUAAUUGCAGUUAAAACCAUAGCUAAAACAGACAGUUUGCUUUGGUGCACUUAUUUUUGUUUGAUCCAGGUGACACUUGAAUGGUGUCGUAUCUCUCAGAUUUCUUGCUAUAUUUGGGGGAUGUUAUGAUUUGACUUGGGUUAUGCUCAUUUUUUUUUGACUUUGGUCAUAAUUUCACUUUUGGGUGUGCAGAGAAGAGCUGCUGUAGCUGGUUUUUAGAGUACAUAUACAUAUAUAUUUUUGUUGUAUCUUCUUCUGUGUGGGUGAUUAAGUUUUACUGUGAAGAUGAAAUGGGAAAGAGUAAAGCUGAAGACUAAGACACCGAAAGAAACCCCAACUCCAGAUGGGAAAAAAUCUCCAGGAAGGAAAGGUGGCACAAUGGGGCCUGGCAAGAGAUGGGGUCAUACAUGUAACUCUGUCAAAAAUGGCAAGUUUCUUUAUGUUUUUGGUGGCUAUGGCAAAGACAAUUGCCAGACGAAUGACGUUCAUGUCUUCGAUUCCAGCAAACAGACAUGGAGUAAACCCAUGGUGAAAGGGAUCCCACCUUCUCCAAGAGACAGCCAUAGCUGCACUGUUGUUGGAACAAACUUGUUUGUGUUUGGCGGCACUGAUGGGAAGAACCCUCUUAAGGAUUUGCACAUUCUUGAUACUGCUUCCAACACAUGGAUACAACCUAAUUUAACUGGUGAAGGGCCUGAAGCUCGUGAGGGGCAUAGUGCUGCACUUGUUGAUCAUCGUCUUUUUAUAUUUGGAGGUUGUGGAAAGACUCAUGAUGAAACAGAAGAGAUGUAUUACAAUGAUCUGUACAUACUGGACACAAAUAAUUUAAGUUGGACAAGGGCUGCAACAACUGGUACACCUCCUUCUCCACGAGAUAGCCACACUUGUUCAUCAUGGAUGAACAAAAUUAUCGUGCUAGGUGGGGAGGAUGCAUCAGAUUACUACUUAUCGGAUGUCUAUAUCCUUGAUGCAGAUACAUUAACGUGGAAGGAGCUCAACACAACUGGACAAGCAUUGGCACCUCGAGCAGGCCAUGCAACUGUGUCUCUUGGGAAGCAUCUAUUUGUGUUUGGUGGAUUCACUGAUGAUCGCAAUUUAUUUGAUGAUCUCCAUAUGCUAAAUAUAGAAAGUGGGGUGUGGACAAAGGUGUCAGCCAUGGGUCAGGGACCUUCUGCUAGAUUUUCUAUGGCAGGAGAUUGUAUGGACUUUAAAAGGGGUAUUCUUGCCUUUAUAGGAGGGUGCAAUGAAAACUUAGAGGCUCUUGAUGACAUGUACUAUUUGGACACAGAGAUGACAACAGAAAAUGGACAGGAAGAGCAAAAGCCAGAGAAAUUUUCUUUGAGGAAAGAGUUGAAAAGAAAAAGGCAAGAGCAUCAAAACUCAUCAAAUGAUCCUGAAAAGGAGAGGGAUACACCUAAGCACGAACUGAAGCCUAGACCAAUCUUGCCGGCACCAUCUCCCAAUUUUUUCCAUGCAGGUCCUGAAAAGUUUUCUUUGGUUCAGUUGAAGCCUCCUGAAGAGAAGAUUUUUGAAGCAAAAAUAACUGAUGUUUUUCAUUAUGGAUAUACUAUUGAAUCCAACAUUGAUGGGAAGCCAUUACGAGGUUUAUUGUUCUCGUAUAAGCCAGGAUUUGCUCAUGCUGUUCAUGCUUAUCUCACCAGGAAACAACUGGCCACAGAAGCUAGUGCUGUGAAAUCGAGUGAAACACGAAAGCCUAAAUUAAAGAUUGCUCGUGCUGUCAAGCAGUCUGUGAGAAGAGCAGAUGGACAAGCACGUGUAGUUACAGAUGUAGAAUCUACGGCUAAAGGGAAUCCUGUGGAGCCACUUGUCUCACCGUCAAAUCGACCUGUGGCUUCAUCAGAUAUGUACCAGCAAUACAUGCAACCAAUGCCUGUAUGCUUGCCAUCUACUGUUCAGCAUGAUCAAAGACAUUAUACAGUCUCAGGCUUUACAGCUUCACAUUCGACACAAGAGGUGGCCUCUGCUCCCACAGCUAACCAAGGAGGGAUAUAUGCUAGACAAACUCUUCCUACACCAGCAAAUCAAGGAAAUCAAUUGGGAUUGGUUCAGGAGACUGUAUGCCAGGGUGAUCAUGAACAACCACCUAGCUCAGUAGCUUAAGUCCUAAAGCAUGUACACAGGCAUGAUUUGUGGUGCUAUAGUAUCGUCCAGCCAGAUGAAAAUUAAUACUGCCUUUGUUGGCAUGCUUGUUAGGAAUUGGAUUGUAGCUUUUCAAAACAUAUAUUCGGAAUGAUGGUAAUUAAUUUGUUUCUUAAUCGUUGGAGGAUAUGAAGUUCAUCCAAAGUACCGAAUCAUUUAAUUAUUCACAUUGCAUGUGGAAUUUCUUCUUGGAUUUAUAUACGUAUAAAUCCUGUAUGGUUAAAAGACCAGGCACAAUUUGACAGGGGAUUUGAAAGGAGUGUAGAGCAGCCACUUUUGAAAAAUACUGAUGUUGCAUGUGCAGGCAAUUGCUUAGCCUACUGCUCAAUUGGCAAUGAGAAUUGAUCAAAUUACCUUUUCUAUUUA